UGAGUCUGAGGGGCUCUUAGGCACAGAGGCACCCUUAGAGGAGGAGGAAGAGGAUGGAGAGGAACUUAUUGGAGAUGGCAUGGAGAGUAUCAGCAGUAUAGGAUUACUUAUUCUGAGAAUGUAACUUGACAGAGUAAAAAACAAGAAGAAACCCCCAAAUAGUAGUAGUUUCCCUAAUCACCACGUACCUGACAAAAGGAAGAAUUCAAGAGGAUUAUCUUGGGGAGACAGUGUGGCAUCAGGGAACAAACAUUGCGAUUUGUGGUUGGACUGGAUCUUGAUGCCCAACUCUGCUGAGCGACCAUUGGGACUACCGUGCCAUCCCAGAGCUGGACACCUAUGAGGCUGAUGGACUGGCCUUGGAUGAUGAGGACGUAGAGGAACUGACAGCCAGUCAGAGGCAGGCGGCAGAGCGGGCCAUGCGGCAGCGUGAUCGUGAGGCCGCCCGGGACCUGGGCCGAAUGCGCCGUGGGCUCUUGUAUGACAGUGAUGAAGAGGAUGGGGAUCGCCCCACCCGGAAGCGCCGCCAAGUGGAACGGGCCACAGAGGAUGGUGAGGAGGAUGAGAUGAUCGAGAGCAUUGAGAACCUGGAGGACCUUAAGGGCCACUCUGUGCGUGAGUGGGUGAGCAUGUCAGGCCCCCGGCUAGAGAUCCACCACCGCUUCAAGAAUUUCCUGCGCACCCAUGUGGACAGCCAUGGGCACAACGUCUUCAAGGAGCGCAUCAGUGACAUGUGCAAAGAGAAUCGUGAGAGCCUGGUGGUGAACUAUGAGGACCUGGCAGCCAGGGAGCAUGUCCUGGCAUACUUCCUGCCAGAGGCACCAGCAGAGCUGCUGCAGAUCUUCGAUGAGGCUGCUCUGGAGGUCGUGCUGGCCAUGUACCCCAAGUAUGAUCGCAUCACCAGCCAUAUCCAUGUGCGCAUCUCUCACUUGCCUCUGGUGGAAGAGCUGCGGUCACUGAGGCAGCUGCACCUGAACCAGCUGAUUCGUACCAGUGGGGUGGUGACCAGUUGCACAGGUGUCCUGCCCCAGCUCAGCAUGGUCAAGUACAACUGCAACAAGUGUAGUUUCGUGCUGGGGCCUUUCUCUCAGUCCCAGAACCAGGAGGUGAAGCCUGGCUCCUGUCCAGAGUGCCAGUCAGCUGGCCCUUUUGAAGUCAACAUGGAAGAGACCAUCUAUCAGAACUACCAGCGCAUCCGCAUUCAGGAGAGUCCCGGCAAAGUGGCAGCUGGCCGACUUCCCCGCUCCAAGGAUGCUAUUCUCCUGGCCGAUCUGGUGGACAGCUGCAAGCCAGGAGAUGAGAUAGAACUGACUGGUAUCUACCAUAACAACUAUGAUGGCUCCCUCAACACUGCCAAUGGCUUCCCCGUCUUUGCCACAGUCAUCUUAGCCAACCACGUGGCCAAGAAGGACAACAAGGUUGCCGUGGGGGAACUGACUGAUGAAGAUGUAAAGAUGAUCACUAGCCUCUCCAAGGACCAGCAGAUCGGGGAGAAGAUCUUUGCCAGUAUUGCUCCCUCCAUCUAUGGGCAUGAAGACAUCAAGAGAGGCCUGGCAUUGGCUCUUUUUGGAGGGGAGCCCAAAAACCCAGGAGGUAAGCACAAGGUGCGAGGUGACAUCAAUGUGCUCUUGUGUGGAGAUCCUGGCACAGCCAAGUCUCAGUUCCUCAAAUACAUUGAGAAAGUGUCUAGCCGUGCCAUCUUCACCACUGGCCAGGGGGCUUCAGCUGUGGGCCUCACGGCAUAUGUCCAGCGGCACCCGGUCAGCCGGGAGUGGACCUUAGAAGCUGGAGCCUUGGUUCUGGCUGACCGUGGAGUAUGUCUCAUCGAUGAGUUUGACAAGAUGAAUGACCAGGACAGAACCAGCAUUCAUGAAGCAAUGGAACAGCAGAGUAUCUCCAUCUCGAAGGCUGGCAUCGUCACCUCCCUACAGGCUCGCUGCACUGUCAUUGCUGCUGCCAACCCCAUAGGGGGCCGCUAUGACCCAUCACUGACCUUCUCAGAAAAUGUGGACCUCACGGAGCCUAUUAUUUCCCGCUUCGACAUCCUGUGUGUGGUGAGGGACACAGUGGACCCAGUCCAGGAUGAGAUGCUGGCCCGUUUUGUGGUUGGCAGCCACAUCAGACACCACCCUAAUAACAAGGAGGAGGAGGGGCUGGGCAGUGCCCUAGAGCCCACCAUGCCCAACACAUAUGGCUUGGAGCCCCUACCGCAGGACGUCCUGAAGAAGUAUAUCACCUAUGCCAAGGAGAAGGUCCACCCAAAGCUCAAUCAGAUGGACCAGGAUAAGGUGGCCAAGAUGUACAGCGACCUGAGGAAAGAAUCCAUGGCGACAGGAAGCAUCCCCAUCACCGUGCGGCACAUCGAGUCCAUGAUCCGUAUGGCAGAGGCCCAUGCGCGUAUCCACCUGCGGGACUACGUGAUAGAGGAUGAUGUCAACAUGGCUAUCCGCGUGAUGCUGGAAAGCUUCAUUGACACACAGAAAUUCAGUGUCAUGCGCAGCAUGCGAAAGACCUUUGCCCGCUACCUUUCAUUCCGGCGUGAUAACAAUGAGCUGUUGCUCUUCAUACUGAAGCAGCUAGUGGCAGAGCAGGUGACUUACCAACGUAACCGCUUUGGGGCCCAGCAGGACACUAUUGAAGUGCCUGAGAAGGACUUGGUGGACAAGGCCCGUCAGAUCAACAUCCACAACCUCUCUGCCUUUUAUGACAGUGAGCUCUUUCGGAUGAACAAGUUCAGCCAUGACCUGAAGCAGAAGAUAAUCCUCCAGCAGUUCUGAGCCUCCAUAGCAGCUUCCUCAUUCUGGCUGGGAAGUCAUUCCAGUGUUCACUUCACUCUGUGCUUCAAGGAUAUAAAACCCAAUUGCCGGGGGACACAGAGUGUGGUGGGGCAAAAGCUGGCAACUGAAGCAUCUGGCUUCCCCAAGUCUGCGGGGCUUGGGUUGUGGCUGGGACUGUUGCCAUUUAUUUCUUAGGCUCCCUUCCUGCUUUUCUCACCAUCUUGGGUGAACAUGCUUUGUCAAUGUUUCUUUUUCAACUGCUCGGUAACCCACCAUUUACAGGAGGUUUGCUUCCACUUCAUCCUGAAUCGAAUCUAGUGUGUUCAAGAUACCCACAGCCUUUUAGGUGACUGAGCAUAUAAGGGUGUUACAAGAACUAUUGCCUUCUUGGCUUGAGUUUUAUGUCCUGGCUGCUUUGGCCACUUUGGCUAAAGAGCAAGCUCAAGGUAUUGGGAGUGUUUUUCUGGACUCUCCUUCAGGCUUUUCUGAGUGGAGAAAUCGAGUGGGCAGAAAAGAGUGCAACCCCUCUACCCUCUGUAGUGACACAGCUUGAUUUCCUGCAGGAGGAAGAGUCAGAGGGAUUUGUAAGGUAAUGAGGACUACUGCUCAUACUGCUCACUCUUGCUGUGUUAAUCUUUUUUCUCCUCGAUACUCAUUUCCCCAUUUUCUUUUUGUUUGUAUAUUCAAUUUCUGUU